UGGUGGACGAGAUGUUUGGGUGUCUCUGUGGCUCUACAUAAGUCUUCCUGUGGUCUUAACUUCCUGACCUCCAAGAUCCUGAGGGGCAUCAACGAGCCCUAAACACUGCAUAUUAUUGUUAAGCCAAUAACUAUCGACUUGUGUGCAAAUGAAGCUGCUGGCGAGGACACUGUGCUCCUGCCUGGUAAUAGUAGUGAUGGCGGGCUUCGCUGAUGCAAAAGCAGAUUGUAUGGUGAAAAUCAGUAAAUUCAACAAGACAGUUGAAUUUAACUGGACCCAAACCAGCGAUUUAUCGGUCCUGUGGAUUCAGGCCCUCGCUCAUGAUGUCUCCGUAAAUCUGUCUAAUGAUGUAACCAUCGAUAACAAUUUACAGAAGGAUGCUUGGCAACAAACAAAACCCUUAAAGUUGAUGAAGCAACGCUGGUACAAAAUGUAUCUGCAACAGGAAGGUUGUAACUUACAGACAAAAUUGAAGAUGAUGGGAACCGUGCUGAAGGUGGAGGGGACACCCUUCGAUGUCUGUCUGCCUCACAGAACCUUCGGUUUACGUGUUACCUCCAACGACCCCGUCUUGUGGUCCACGUGUGACCUGACUAGUGCGACGUGUCCCACCAACCAGAAUGACUGUACCAGCCAAGUUCCGUUCCCUGACCGCGAGGACAUGUCGAUGUUUAUUAUGGCCAUCGGGUGGGCGACGCUCUUCAUAGCCUUCACCAGCUUUUCAUGCUUCCUCAGGUUUCAGAAUAGAAAAAUGAAAGAUAACUGCAGCAAGUACCUGAUGGACCAGCACCAACCCAAGACGAAGUUGCCCCCGCAGGAACACCACUAUUACGAAAUUGAUGACAACUUUCCUCGCCCUCACCCCCUGAAGAAGCUCUUACCUAAAUUCUAAGCAUGACGUGGGUCUGACUUUCUAAAGCCUUUGAGACAACCCCCAGCCGUUAUUAGAUAGCCGGACCAGCCCCCAUCACACCAGCCCCGAUACCUGCAUAGUCAGCCUGCCAAAACUUGAAGUUUAUAGUUAACAGAUCUGAAGUUUAUAGUUAACAGACCUGAAGUUUAUAGUUAACAGACGUGAAGCUUAUAGUU